AUCACGAAACACGACAAUUACUAUGACCCCACAUAUUGCAUCACCAAGGCUAAUUGUUAGCGGAAUACAUACCCGCUGUUUAACAUCGGUUACGGCGAUUCUGUCAACCGCUUGGGCGGACAAGGGAACCGUCUUUCGCCAUCCCAACGGGAAGUGGAAAAUCUCGCUCGCCUUGAGGGGCACCCGCCACCACUUCCAAAGCUGAAAGAGCAAGCACUCUCAUGGCCAAAGCACUAUCGAAAAGCCCCCUCGAGAAGGCGAUCGACGAGGUCUGGGCAGAUCUAAAGCAGAAGGACUAUGUGAAGAAUGAAUUUUACAAGGAGCUUCUCGGCGGCGACCCACAGCUAGACUCUCCGGGAAAUGGCACCCCACAGAGCCAACUCUCGGCCGACAAACUGCGGCAGUACAUGAAAGACCUCGAGCCUCAAGUCCGAGGCCGACGCGACUAUCAUAUUCUCUCUCGAGUGGGCCCAUUUGUUGAUAGUCUACAAACGUUGAUGAAAACCUGCGAGACGCUCUUUCAAGCCACUCCCUUUGGAGUCAACAUCGUAUUUUCAGGGGCUCAAAUCCUCCUUCGAAUCUCGUCGAGCCUCGAUUACUUCGAUACCGUCCUAGAAGCCAUGGAUCGGAUUGGGAAGAUUAUAGUGUGCUACGGGAAGUUCGCCGGCGCAUAUCACGACCCUCAAUUUCAGAGGUGUCUGGUCAGUUCAUAUCAGAAGAUCAUCCUCUUCUGGGGCAAGGCCUCGCAGACAUUGGCACAGAGCAACAUCAGAAGAACCAUCAGGAUGGCGUUUAAGAGCAUCGCUAAGCCUCUCGACCGCGAGAUUAAGGAGGCCCUAGAUGGGAUUGAAAAAGAUGCCAGGGACGUGCAGCGUAUCGCUCAAGCGACUGAGGCGGAACAAACGUCAAAGGAUCGAGUGGAGAAGAGGAGAAAAGCAAUCCUUGAUUGGAUUUUAGGCCAAGAGAAUGUGGAUACAAGGCUUCAGCUCCAGGGCCAGCUCGAACGGCUACAAGCGGGCACUUGCACCUGGCUCUUUGACGAUCCGCGGUUCCAGGACUGGAAAGACGCCAAGAAUAACGCCAUACUAUGGUACAACGCACCCCCUGGCUCAGGAAAGAGUAUUCUGUCAUCGGCCGUGGUGAACCAUCUUGUCGGCGAGGGCCAGGAUGUCGCGUACUCGUUCUACUCUUUCAGCGAUCCUUGGCGCCGCCACGGCCUUAACGGCCUGCGGUCUCUGGCACUUCAGCUUAUUAUCAUACUAGAGAACCACGACCAUCCCAUACCGGAUAAGGUGACGAGCAUCUACGAGCACUCAAUCAAGCUAAAUGUCUGCACCAUGAAUUCGCUUGCGACCGCGACACAGGUCGUUCAUCAGCUUAUCAACGUGUGCCCUCACGUCUACCUCGUCAUCGACGGGCUCGACGAAUGUGCUGAAGAGAAUCAGAUGCUCUCUAUGUUGGAUCUCCUUUUGCAGACACGAACGAAUGGUCUCGCGAAGUGGCUCCUCACUAGCCGCGGCGAUCACUCCAAGAUUCGUGCGAUCAUGCAGAAGUACAAAGCUGCCUCGAUCACUCCUGAAGACCAUGUCAUCUCGAACGAUAUCCAGACAUACUUCUCCGCGACAAUGACUUCAAAGUGUGAGAAGUGCGUUGCAAAGUGGGUCGAAGACUGCAAUGCCAACUUUUUGUAUGCGAGCAUCAUAUGUAACAUCCUUCGCGGCAAGAACUUCACUUGUCAAGAGGAGAUCGAUCAGGCGCUUCGAGAGUUUCCCCCAGAGCUGAAUAAAUACUACAUUCAAUUCCUGGAAAAACUCGCAACACAGUCGGAACAAAAACAAGAACUUGCCAGACGUGUGUUCCUAAUACUCACGGCCGGAUCUCAAUCCAUCUCGCUUAACGAGCUCUUGAAUGCACUCGCCAUCCGGCCUGGCACCAGAGAUCAUAGCAGAUCACGCGAACGGGAGCUGAGAGACAUUGAGGACCUAUGCCUGCCGCUUAUCACAUUCGACAGAAGUGGUAAGGGAUCAAAGGACAACCCCGUCGUCAAGCUCUACCACAAAACGGUUCAGGACUUCUUCCUUCAAGGGCUAGAUACGCUCAACGACAGACAAGACUUACGGAAGUUCUUCGUCACGUUGCAAUCUUCGGCAAUGGAGAUGGGCAUGAACUGCCUAACGUACCUGCAGUACGAGAGGUACGAACAGCCGUUAGACCCCAAUGUCUUGCUGACCGAGAACUCCAAAGAGCAUGCCUUCUUGCCGUAUGCUGCCACGUUUUGGUUUCAGCACUUGAGAGAUACCCAGCCAACCCCGGGGAUCGACAAGCAAAUCAAGGAUUUUCUCAAGAGCCGAAACUUUUGGACCUGCCUAAGCGUGCAGAGCCGCGUAGCCAAAUACCUAUUCGCGCGAUUCACCACCAUGGCGACCGACCUGGGCGGCGCAUAUACGAUGGGAAUCAAAAGCUCAGAAUUAACAGGAUCUAAAUCUUUGGUCGGAUUGCCGCUGCCGGAGUGGUUCGACAUCUACUCGCAGGACGGUAAUAUUCUGGACCGCUCCUUCUGCUGCUUUGUGGAGGAGUGGCGAGAGGUUCUGACCAGGUAUCCAGAGGGCUUGGACCUGUGCGUGCCGCUGAGACAGUUCCCAGAGAGCUGCCACCUCACGCCUCUUGGUUGCGAGAAGAGGAUCAAGGCUGCGUACCUUGAAGAGGGGUAUAGAAUGCACGCGGUAUCAGAAGUCCACUUACUCGAUGUGUCCUUCUCAAAAAAGACACUUUGGGCAGACGUAUUGUACCGGGAGAAAGUUGAUACAGCUCAGGUGAAAAGGUCGCUGAUACCGCUAUACUCGCCCAAGAAGAAGCCGUCCCCACCGACCAGCCACUCUCUUCCAUUAGUCGAUGGCUGGCUAAUGUCUGUAACGCAGCGGGAUGGGAGAGAAGCCAUUGUUGAAGCGUGGAGCAUCGAUCCUCAGACGCUGGAAGUGAGACAUACAAGAAAGGACUUCAGUGAAAAAUACAAGGCGCCGUCAUUUCUUCACCAAGAUGUUAUUGGGAGGAGAGAUGGUAGCUGGGAGGUUUCGUCAACGGACACCGUGACUGGCUCUGAAAAGACACCGUUGAUUCGAAUAUUUCACAUGGUCUGGAAACCGAAGAAGAGAGAAAUCCAAGCGGAUGAUGAGGAUGACGAAGAGGACGAUGUUGAUUCUCUGGAAGCAGACUCAAGUGAAGAAGAGGACUCAGACGACGACAUAUCGGACGAAGAGGCCGUAUCAGAGGAGUCAGAGUCACAUGAUGACGGAGACAGCGAGGACGGCUCAUCUGAAGCCGAGUCGGAAGACGGAAUGGGCAGCGAGGAAGAAUCUUCGGCGACCGAGUAUAGUUCUGACGAUGGCAGUUGUGUCAACGACUGUUUGAUAUUGGUACCGCAAAGUGGCGAACCAUAUUGGCACAACUGGUCGAGCUCGUCAAGUAUAUGGCGCAGAAUAGCAUGCGCUACACACCCAAGUUUACCACUGGUGGUUGUGACACAUACGCCGAGUCAGCUGGAGUUGAUCAGCCUAGAAAAGCAGACUCGGAAGACGACGCACCUCCCUGAACUUUCGGACCUACGGGAUGCCCCAGAGGCAAGCACGCGAGAGCUCCGUUUCUCCCCUUGCGGCAACUACCUCCACUUCCUCUCUAUCGCCUUCACCUCCGACCGAACUAGCACAACCUGUCGCCUCACCGCCUCGACCUUCAACUUCAACGCCGGCGGAAACGUCGACAACACGCUCGUGCGCGAGUGCCAAGCCAGCAGCUGCACCUACACCUUCGGCGACCGGCUGUGCGACACGCCCCACCCCCUCGCGCUGACGCACUGGGCCGACGACCAUGUCCUCGUCGCCCUGCCGCCGCUGACAUGCGACCCCAAAAUCAUCAAGGUGGCCCUCAACUGCGCGGGCGACAACGCCGUCUCGACGCUGCGCAAGCCGAUCUACUUCCCGGCCUCGACGCCGCGGCGGAAGGCGCGCUUGCUGUACAGGCCGGGCACGGACGGGAAGGACGAUUGCGUCUACCUGGCGCUUGGUGCGUUGAUGGCAAAUAGUUCUGGGGAUGCAUCAUUGCCGGCAGACGGUGCGCAGUUGACAGGUGACGAGGCAUCCUCAGAAGAUACCCCAAGUCGAGCAAGUCCCCCCGUCGUCGUUCGGUGGAAGGUAGGGCCGGAAGACGGAUGGGGGGCGUGGGAUGCCGAGACUGACUCCAAAUCGGGCGAUAUAAAGAAGGAAGGGAACCUGUGGAAUGUCUUGAGGGGAAGCUUUGUGGAAAGUGAGAAAUGCUUUAGUGUUCCUGUUCGCAGCGGGCUGGACUGGAGGCGGAAGGGGUACUUGAGUUGUGGAUGAAUGUGAUGAUAUGAUUUCCGUGGGUAGAUAUUCCCUGAAGAGAACGAAGAUCCCAGGCUCCCAGGGUUCCCUUCUCAAAAGUUGCCUACUCUGUUAUCGAUGCGAUCGAUCGUGUCCACCGUAGGGUCAUAUCCUUGCUCCAGGUGAUGUUGUCACACAUGAAAGAGUAACAAGACUACAGUCUGCAGCAAGAGUUGAAAAGAGGCAUACAACCUUAUCAAAUAGCCUGGC